GCGAUUGCUGUGCAUUUCCGGACCACCUAUCGGCCACUGUAGCAGGCCAUGGAGGCUCCUUUCAAGUACGCUCCUGAUAUCCUGCUCAUUUUGAAUAGCCCACAGAAUUUUGUUCUUGACGUUCGCAAGUAAACGAAAACCAGGAGCGUAAAUCGGACUGUGCUGCUUUUGUAGCUGUGUUUCAUCCAUCACUUUCUUUUCUUCUCACUAUCGUACUACCCGUAUUGUCGUUCACCAUAUGCUUAGUACUUUUGACGUUUGUUGCAUUGGCAUGCACAACUCCCUAAGCCCUUGCUCCAGAUGCCAUGACUGAUGACCAUAUGCCGACGGCUACCGUUACUGUAUCUGCGACAGAGCCUGUAUUGAUGUCUCAGGCUCCGUCACCAACCAUGUACUGCAUUAUACGCUUCCAGAACAAAUGCCACAUGGACACAAGCAGUACCAGUAUGCUAGCUAUCCUACUAAGAGUCUUUGUCCCAGCAGGCGUGCCUGCGGCUGGCGUCGGGCAUAUAUGGAAUCGCACGCUACAUGCGCAGGGCAAAGCCAUUCAAGAUCAUAGCAUAGGGACCGUCUUGCAUAAAUACAUUGGAG